GGACAGUCAGCAACAUGGCUGGCUGCCUUUACUGGGAAAUUGGAACUUGUCACAAAACUCCUCGAGCUGAACCCAAACCUUGACAAGGGCGAUUAUGAUGGCUGGACUCCACUGCAUGUUGGGGUUGACAAUCUAGAGAUUACGAAAUUGUUGAUCGGGUCCGGCGCCAACCCGAAUCGCGGGAAACAAGACAAUUACACCCCUCUCCAUCUUGCUACUGCCUGGAAAGAAGAGCAAAUAGUGACGUUCCUGCUCGAACACGGCGCGGAUCCAAGAAUUACUACGGACGAUGGCCGGACCGCUUUGCACCUG